AAGGGCGGAAUUGAUUUGUGGACAGGUUUUAUGUCCAUCACCAGCUAUUUUACUUAUGGUUUUUUUUUUCCAAUGAGGUUACCUGUUUAUGGUUUAAGGUAAUUAACAUAUUUGGAUUUUGUCCUAUAUAUGGCUUGAUUGCUAACAAGUUUGCCUACCUUUUUUUCACUUGGUUGCAAUUCCUCUCAAAUUGAUUUUGGGUAGUGUUUCUUUAUGAAAAUUUUUCAUGGCUGAUUUUGCCAACUGCAUUGAGCUGCAGCCAGAGGUGAUUUAUACAUGCCAUUAAGAAAUUGCAGAGGCCUAUUCUUUCCUUCCACAGUCAGGAUGGUUAAAAGCAUGUUUGCAAGUUGUAGGGUGUCAACCAGAUUCUUUGGAUUAAUUCAGUUUUGUUUCUUUUCUUGAUGUUGCUUAAGCAGUUAAAGUUGCUAAAUUGAUGGUUGUUUGUCCUUCUUUGUUGUUACUUGGUUUUAGUAUAGGUUCUAAAGGGAAUCAAACCGAUAGUGAGAGGCAAAUGGAAGACGGUGAUAAACGUGGUGGAAGAGCUUUGGGCCAAGAAGGUAUGAGAAGAUGGACAAAUUCUUGGCUAAUAUAAGAGAGGGCCAGUAUCUUCGUGCAAAGGACAUGGUCUUAAAACUCAAUAAGUUCAAACUACCUCUUAAAUGGGAACAUGUUGCCAAGAUUGUAGGUAAUGGUGUUGCUCCUGGGGGAUUGCAUGUUGCUAGAGCUACGGUUGAAGGAUGGUGGACUUGCUUAUUGAACGUAAAAGUCUAACCACUAGCUUUGUAUUUUCUUAAUUGCGAACUAAUGCACAUUUUUUUGUUUAGAAAUUAUAUAUGAGUUGAAUUGUAAUAUUUUUUAUGUUUAGGAUUCAGGGGAAGUAAUCCAAAAUAAGUUGAAGUAUCAGAACAUAAAUUGAUGUUUACUAUUUUGCUAAAUAAAAUGGCAAACACUCG